UUUAUUUCCAAGAAGUUUUUACCUGAGCUUUGAAGAUGACGAAUGCUUUGAAGUACAGACAAGACAGUGCAGCAUUAUUGGUGCUAGCAGCAGUUGGCUUGGCACUCAUUACGAUUCUCAGUGUCUGGAAAUUGAAACAGUUUAAAUACAGAUUUAUACACGAAACUGGAGGUGCAAUGAUUUAUGGCAUGCUUGUGGGGCUGACAGUGCGAUGCCUAUCAUCUGAUUCAGGACACCAUAUGGUCAAUAUGGAGCCUGUGUGCAGCUGUGGCGGUCGUAACAGCACUCCACACAUGUUGGUGAUCAACAUCUCGUCCUACUCUCACAGUUUCAAACAUGUUGGGAAUGUCAACAGAAGAUGCCCAACCUUUCACACGGAGACCUUUGAUCCUGAGGUCCUUUUCGAUCUGUUCCUGCCACCCAUCAUCUUCCAUGGAGCAUACAUCCUUAAUCAGAGGAGAUUCACAAAGAAUCUUGGAUCCAUUGUGACUUUUGCUUUUUUGGGCACCAUUAUCAGCUGCAUUACUAUUGGGGCCGGCGUCUUCGGCUUCACCAGACUUAUGGUGCUGUUAGACCGGGCAGCAGAUGGAGAAUUCUUCCUUGCAGACUGCCUGCUGUUUGGUGCCAUUAUGUCAGCCACUGACCCAGUUUCAGUCCUCGGCCUGCUGUCAGAGCUGCAUGUGGAUGGGGAUCUGCGAACCUUGCUCUUCGGUGAGAGUGUCCUCAAUGAUGCUGUCGCCAUCGUCUUGACUCAUGCCAUCAGCACCUACAACCAGACAGGUGCAGGUGAAAUCUUCGAUCCCAUCGCCUUACUCCUCUCCGUUGGUAAUUUUCUCUGGGUGCUCGUCGGCUCCUUCCUCCUGGGUUUUAUGUUUGCAGCCGUAACAGCCCUCCUCACCAAAUUCACCCGCCUACGUGAGACUCCAUUAUUGGAAACGUCGACCUUCUUCCUGCUGUCAUGGAGCAGCUUCCUCUCCGCUGAGGCCUGUGGACUUUCAGGUAUUGUUGCAGUGCUGUUUUGCGGCUUGAGCCAGGCGAGGUACACGGUUCACAAUUUAUCAGCCGAAGGCAAAACCAGGACUGAGCAGCUCUUUGAGGUCUUCAGCUUCCUGGGGGAGAUUUUCAUCUUCAGCUGCAUGGGAUAUGUAUUGUUGACGUUCCCUCACCAUGUCUUCAAAGCCCUCUUCAUUUCUGGGGCAUUUAUUUCCAUCUUCAUAUCAAGAGCCUGCAACAUCUAUCCUCUGUCAUUCCUCCUGAACCUGAGGCGCACGACUAAGAUACCCUGCUCCUUCCAGCAUUUCAUGAUGUUUGCAGGUUUAAGGGGUGUUGUAGCAUUUAGCCUCACUGCUAGAGAUACAUCUACAGAAACAAGGCGCACCAUCUUUACCACCACUCUGCUGCUGGUUGGCUUCACCAUCUGGGUGCUGGGUGCAGCUGCUGAUCCCAUGCUGCGUUACCUGAACAUCAGAGCGAGGCAGGAAGAAGAGGAGAAUCCAGAGGAGCUUCCUUUUGAGGUUGUGACUGGGAGGCCAGACACAACACGGGGCCUGUGGCAUCGCCUGGACUUCAAAUAUCUAACGCCUCUGCUGACACAUCGUGGCCCUCCCCUGUCCGACUCUCUGCCCCGGUGCUGUGGUGUAUUCGCCAGACUCUUCAGCAGCCCAAACAUCCAGGAGGAUGAGGAGCAGCUGUGCGAGACUGAACCGGACGACUCCACUUGUGAUCUGGAGAAAACGGAGCUUGGGUACAUAGGCGGCGACUCAUCAUCGGAGCACUGCGAGGACCUGCUGGAGGGAGACCUGGGCCUCGGCACUGUGGCAGCUCUCUCCAGGGAGGGCUGAAGUUCCAGGAGUCUCUUCACUCUAACCCCAGCUUAUCAGCCUCUGCUGCCCCGAGGCUAAGGCCCUGCCUCCCAUAGUGAAUAAGGGUCACUUGCCGGGGCAUCUGAGAGGAGCCGACUGGGAGUCAGAGUUACAAAAGCUUUGCGAAAGGUCACGCAACCCCCCUUGUUGGUGACAUGCAUGCAGAGACACACUCAUAGAGGGAGAAAAAAAAAGAUUCAAAAGGGUAUUGCUCUCUCUGUCACUGUGCUGAUGAUUAUUCUUGCCUUGUUUUGCUUAAGAUUCAAGGAAUUUUAAAGCUGAAAAACAAUGCUUCCUAAUGUCUACAAAAAGGAAGAACAAACUGACCUUUGUGUGCACUUUUAAAAAAGAAGCAUGCUUCACUUCCUUAAAAAUGGCAAAUUUAAGUUGCACAUUUAUCCCCCUUGAAUUGGCUUCUUCCUACUUGGAUGCAUAUCGCUUUGAUUUCACAUUCAAGAGAGAUUUACUCGUGAGCGUCCACUGCGAUUGAGAGCUUUACUAUUUCCCCUAAUCUGCUAAAAUGGCUUUUUUAUGCCAACUUUGCUUUGCUCACCCCCAACUCCUUAUUAAACUUUUAUUGCUCUGUUUUCCUACCACAAUCCUUUUAACUCACUCAAACUGUAUUCUGCUGAAUUUAUUACCCCUCUUCUCCCUCAACGUCUUGCUUAUCAUCCUGCAGAGGGCUAGAAAAUUCCCUAAUGCCGGAGUAAAUUAACAGCAUUUAGAAAAUUGACAAUCAGCAUGUGAGACUUCUUUAUAGAUCGCACUGUGCUGCUCUCUGAGCUGAGUGCAUCAUUAUAAAUCCCAGGGCCCCCUCUCCCUUGUGAGAAGCAGGCAGCAAAAUCCCAGUCUGUGAAGGUUAGGCUUGGAGAACAUGCAGACUGUUUUUCUCAUAUUAAUAUAGCCAUUGUCCUUGAAGUGAGGCUUUUCUGUGAGGCAUUUUAUGUUGUGAAUGCAUGGGUGCAUCUAUGGAAUGCUCCUCUGUUGAUGCUGCAGAGGAAGACAAUGUAUUCUCUUUUGUUUGUGCUGAUGUCUGAGUUCAGUUUUGUUCUCAGGGAAAAAAGACUCAAUGCCUUUCAUAACAAGUCCUCAGAUGUAGAUGCUAAAACCCCUUGUUCUAUCCUUAAUGGAGUAGGGCCCUUGUAAAAAUUGCAACACUGAAACUUGUCUUGUAACUAAUUUUGCAUACAACCCACUGUUUCUGUUGCAGUUUGUUAAGUAUUGAUGCAAUUGCCUGCACAAAAAUCACUCCAACUGGUGCUCAGAGUAUCAAAUAAUGUCUUGACAUUUGAAAACUCAGCAGCAAAAUAUCCUCAUAUGAUCUGAACCAAAGCACAGUUUGGAUCUCUGCAGGAAGAAGAAACAGUUUUAUAACUUAAUAUGUAACCUUGGUUAGGAAACAUUUUGCCUCAUGUGCUUCAUCAGGGUCAUUUUAGGACACUUUGAAUGUCACAUACCAAAAAGACAAGGAGCUGUUUCACUUGUGUGAACUUUUAGCCGCUGCUAGACUUAGAUUAAUUCAGAGGAAAAUGUUUUGUUUGCGUUACAAAAAUCAACUUUUAUGCUAUUAACUGCAUUUUCAAGACAUUAAAUAUUGAUGCUUGUACCUUUUGUAGCUGUUUCCUUUUAGUUCUCUGAAUUUUGAGGCUGUCUUGUAGCAAAUAUGAAUAUCAUGGAGUGCUGGUGGUCUACGGGUUUCAUCAAAUAUUUCCUGUACAGAAAGCCGAUAACCAAGGUUCAAAUCAGCCCUGUGGCGUCAUUUCCUACUCCAUCUUUCCCCAAUACUGUCCUGUCCUUUGAAUAAAGGCAUAAACAGCCCACUCCCUAAAAAACAUUGCUCUCAGGCAAUUCUAUUUACUACAGAAGCCCUAAGUGGACAUGAAUUGGAAUAUUUUAAUAUUUUCCCAUGCUGGAAAGCCGAACAACUGUUUUUCAUUGGAGCUAACCUUUCAAUUUCGAGAAGUCCCAGGGGACCAACUUUGACAUAGCAGGGAUGCUAUGAAACACUGAAAAUCGAACAAGUUAAAAAUACUCAAAAUAUUAGUCAUAACUGAUUAUAUACAAACUUUCAAGCAGUGUAAAUAAUUAUUUUGAAUGACUCAAGUUAAAAUAUUUAAUUUACAUAUUUCUUAUCCACUAAAAUUUUCCCUUUUGUCUUUUACAUAUUUUAUUUUUGAACAGUCAUGCCACCCAAAGCUAAUUUGAUUGACUACAGGUAACAAAGACUGAAAGACCGGCUUUCACCCAAAAAAAUGGUCUUCCACAGAGUUCAGUACACUGUAAGACCGAACAGCUUUCUUACAAAUCCAUAAAGCUAUUUCAGCUCUAUUUUUAGUUGAUCAAACACAUUUUGAGUUUUAGGUAAACAUUACUCAAUCACUUUAAGUUUUAUUUGUAAUUGCACUCAAAAUAUUUGACAAUAUUCUCUUAAUCCGCAUAGUUUUCCCAGAAUGCCUUUGGGCAUUUGACACCUCUUGCACCAUGAGUGAAGUUAUCCACUCAGAGAAGUAAAGGUAACCCACUACUUACAGACGUUAACAGUUUCAACAAAAAUAUGAGUAUUUUGAGCUUGUUAGUAUCACAGCAUUCUUGCUAUGUUGGAGUUGGUCCCCACAGGUGGGAUUUCUCUGAGUGGGUAACUUCACUCAUAGUGCAAAAGUGUCUAAUGCCCAAAAGUAUUCAUGGAAAACUUUGCAGAUUAAAGGAUGAUUUUCAAAUAAUUUUAGUACAAUGACAAAACAUACUUAGAUUAAUCAAGCACUGUUUACUCCUAUCACUCAGAACAAUUAAUCUGAAACAGCUAUUUUGGAAUUUUAAGUUAACACAACUCAUUUUUAACAACGUUUUACUGUUCAGUCUUAAAGUGUAGGAUAAGGGCAUAAUACAUUUUCACUUUAAUUUUAUAUUCAUCUUAUUAUCUAAUGCUGGUUUAACCAUCAUAAAUUCAGUCCAGUCAUAUUCUCUCAUUCUAUCAAGAUAAAAUGAGCUGAUAUUUUAACAAAACACUGAAUUCCUUGUUGUCUCACAAAAAUGAGAUAACAUAAAAUGUGAUAAAAUGCAUUUACGCCCGCUUAGGGCUUCAGUAAAUUACUUACACUAAUUUCUGAGUAGAUUUACUGUAGGUGUCACAAAUCUAUUUUUAUGGCAUGUUCCCAAAGACACACUGUGGAGUUUUUGGCUGAAAAUGUACUGAUUUUUCAAAGUGUGAACUGAAGGAAGCAAAUCCAGAUUUAAAGCAUCAUAGACACAUCUAUGCACCUCCUAUAAGAGGGUAGAAGGGUACCAGGAUGUAGACAUUGGUGUGCAUUUUUCACAGUUCUAAAAAUGUUUUUCAGUUGUUUCUUUAAGGAAGGAAUGCAUCAAACAGUCUGGCUAAAAUGCAACAGAACGUUGAGUUUGUUUCAGUGAGAAAAGCUUAGAGUCAACAAGAUAUUGUUUACAACAAACUCCACAGGGUCCCUUUGAGUGAUAUAGCAAAAAGCAACAAAUGUGUGACAUAAAUUCAGCACUUUGGUUCUCAAACAGGGAGAAGAGGCACUGCACUUAUGAAAGAGACAAACAUAUUAUCAAAGGGCUGCAUUAUUAAGAUACGAAUAUUUUAAGCUCAACACAUAAGGGGCAUUUGGUACCAUUAUAUAGACAGAGUAUGGUGAUGGAUUUCUUUUUUGGUAGGUAAAAUUCACUGAUUACAGACAUUGUGAGGAUAUUCAGAAUCAAAGUAGUGGUUGUCGGUGUUUUUUUUAGCAGUUUUAUCCAGUGAAACCUGUAGUAGAGAACAUUCUUGUCAUGAUACCAGGAUUUUAAACUUGGAUAUUAUUGGAUGGGAUAUUAUUAUUAUUUCACUCUUCUACUGUUAUGCACACCUGUUCCAAUGCCACAAUUUUAAAAAUGUUAGUUGGCUUAGACACCCAAUAUUGUGUAUUUUUAAAUGUAAAAAAUUAGGUACAGACACAUUGCCAACUAAUUUGUGCAGUUAAGACAGUAUGGAGCAGUUUGGCUGCAUUUUUGAUGGAGUCAUUUUCCUUCAGGCACACCUGAAAUACCAUAAAAUGUUUUUUUGCUUUGGUACUUUCGGAUACUACCGAUCCUCAAAAAACAUUUUAGAACCUAAAAGUAACUUAGUAUAAAAAAACUGACAACCUUAUUAUGGUAAACAUCAGUUUGCUCAGUUGUGAUGUUCUGCAGCAAUUCUAACAAUGAAGUGAAACAUGGCUAGCUUGAUUCUUCUACUUGACUAUACUGCCCUUUUCAGUUUUUAACACUUGGCACUGCUGCUGUGUUAAUUCUCAACAUUUAAACAACAAUAAUACAUUGAUAUGCUUUUUUCAGUGACUAAAUUGAGACGACUGUAAAUUAUAAACACACUGACAACCAUACUAAUGACAGUAUCUUGAUUGAUAAUGCCCUGAUGGAUUGAAGCAGCAAAAAGCAGGAAAAAUAUCACUAAUUUGCUCCGAUAUCUGUUCCAUCAAGACGGCCAAUUUACAAAUCACAUCACACUGAUCAUCCUUAAGCACCAACACUCUUAUAAGUUUGGCAGUUUCAUACAGUUUGCCCUUGAUUUAUGUCUAAAUGUGUCCGCCAUCUGAUUGGCCCUCAAUGAAAAAGUUUGGUGUGGACUCUUUGGGGUCUGAGAUGGCCAGAUGAUAUUAUUAAAGCAUAUUGAAACCCUCCAAAUUAUUAUUAAGCAUUACAUCUGCAAAAUAUUCUUAUUUGUGCAUAAUUGGAAAACAUAGUGAGAAUAUAAGUGACAGCUCUAUAUAACUGU